AAAGUAUGGACAUAAUAACUAUUUUAUACUAAAUAAAGAACUCACGAAAACUUUCCAAAAGGAACAGAACAUAAAUAUCCUUCCAAUGAAUGAGAUACCAGAAAUUGAAGAAAUUCGCAGUGGUUCAGAGAAACAAGAGAGCAGAAAAGUAUUGGUUAUGAAAAAGGCCCUAACUUUAUUCCCUCUUGUGUGCGAGAGAUUUCUAAGGGAUGAAAAAUGGAUUGAAUUGCUGAGAGCAGUGAAUGCUAGUUUAGCUGUUAUUAAUGGAUUAUUUGUGACAAACUGUCUUACAAUAAUUGCUUAUGAAUUGUCAAUUCCGUUUGUUCUGACAGGAUCUGAGAUACUUCCUAAUCUUCAUCGUAUACCAUGGAACCCCAGUGUUUUUCCAAACAGCUUCCUCUCAUCCUUCGAUAAAAUGACAUAUUCAGAAAAGUUAAUAAGUACUUUGGUUGCUAUUGUAGACUACACUAUUCCUCCUCCUGUAGCGCCUACACACAGUGUCAAAACGUAUGCAAAAGACAAACCUGAUAUUUCAUUCAUAGAUUUGCUACAUCAGGCACAAUUUUAUCUUAUUGAAAAAGAUGUACUUCUAGAUUAUCCGCUGCCCCAACUUCCAAAUGUAAGAUAUGUUGGUGGCCUGGCAGCAAAACAUUCAUUGCCUUUGAAGGGAGAGUUAAUAAAAUUCGUAAAUGCUUCUACGAAUGGAAUAGUUGUGGUGUCAUUUGGCAGUAAUGUCAAUGAUUUCCCUGCUGUUCAGCUAGAAAAACUACAGAGCGCAUUGAAACAAAUAAAAUAUGAUGUUGUGUGGAGACAGAAGAAAACAUCAUUUUCUCAUAAGAAUAUUUAUAUCAGUGAUUGGGUACCACAAAAUGAUCUGCUUGGCCAUCCUAGAACUAAAUUAUUUGUUACUCAUUGUGGAAAUAGCGGUCAGUUUGAAGCUUUGUUCCAUGGUGUGCCAAUGCUGGGAAUACCUUUAUUUACAGACCAAUUUUAUAACUCUCGCAGAAUGACCGAGAAAGGAUACGGAUUGUCACUAGAUAUAGAGAACUUUACUCCGGAGGAAUUAAUAGAGAAAAUAAAAGAACUGAUUGAAAAUAAA